GAAAAUGGAAACGCAAGAGAAAAACCCACUGCCUUGGAAAGAAACGAUUGAACAGGAGAAGCAAGCAGGCGAGUGGUAAUGAAGCGUGCGCCGCCAGUGUGCACUGUACAUUCCACAGCGCAGACCAGACUUCACUCGCUCGCAGCUCGCUCCCUGCCCUCUGCAACAAUGUCUAACAAGCCCGAUAUGGCGGAGAUUGAGAAGUUCGAUAAGUCGAAAUUGAAGAAAAUGGAAACGCAAGAGAAAAACCCACUGCCUUGGAAAGAAACGAUUGAACAGGAGAAGCAAGCAGGCGAGUGGUAAUGAAGCGUGCGCCGCCAGUGUGCACUGUACAUUCCACAAGCAUUGCCUUCUUAUUUUACUUCUUUUAUCUGUUUAACUUUGUAAAAUGCAAAGAGGUUGGAUCGAGUUUAAAUGACUGUGCUACCCCUUUUCACAUCAAAGAAUGGAGAACUACUGACAACGUAGGCCGCGCCUGCCUCUCCCAUCUGUCUAUGUGGCUGGCAGGGAAGGAAAAGAACUUGCAUGUUGGUGAAGGAGGAAGCUGGGCGGGACGACAGUGAAUUCUAGAGUAAAAAGCUGGUCCAAGGUGUUCUGCGGGCUGUAAAAUAAAGUUUAAUCAGAGUGCCAUUUUUUGUUGUUGUUGUUCAAAUGAUUUUAAUUAUUGGAAUGCACAAUUCUUUUAAUAUGCAAAUAAAAAGUUUUAAAACCUG